AUAAAAACAUGGAAGGCUGACGUAUUUUUAUUUUGAUGUAAAAAAGGCAGCAAACUGUAUUUAAUAAACAAAAUAACGAGACACAAUGGAAAUGUCAGACGAUUUAACAAGAAACUCGCAAAGAAAUCAGGAUAAUUAUUUAGAAGCGCUUACGGGAGACGAGUGUCGGCUGUGUUUACAAAAAUCUAAGGAGUCUUGGCCAUUGUUUCAGUCUAAUGACAAUCAAUUGCCUCAAAAAAUUAUGGCUUGUGCUGCGGUACAGAUUCUGGAAGGCGACGGUCUUCCCUCAACAAUCUGCAGCCAGUGCAACCGCCUACUAGAACUCUCCUACAACUUCAAGCUAACCGUCGAAAAAACUGACUCAAAAUUACGAAGCCUAUCUUACCCAAAACCGAUCAUCGUCUUCACAGAAUCUCUAAGCCACCCCUUGGAAAGCAUCCCUAAGAUAGAGGACCGUCUUAUCAGCCAGAGCCUCGAAAGUUCCCACCUACUGCAAUUAAACAGCAGCAUCGACAACACAAUAAUCUUCCGCGUGGAAGAUCUAAAGCCCGAUAAAGACUCUCAAGUUGUUCUUCUAGAGAAACUUGACGAGUUUGACGACCAUAUGCAGAGCAAGGACUUCUUCCAAAUCAAAACCGACAUCUUGGAGCCUUCCGCCCGAGAAAACUUCAAAGAUUUGGAUAAAAACAGUUCGGAAAAAAAAUCCGAGUUAAUUAACAAAAAAUCUAAUUUGAUGUUCAUCUGCCAUAUUUGUACCGAACAAUUUAAUUGCGUUGAAAAAUUAAAAGAACAUGUUACUACUCAUGAUUCUUUAAAAGGUUCUAAUUCUUGUUCUGAUCAUUCUGUUGAUGAUCAUUUAAUUAAUGACAAUUCUAUUGAUCAUAAUUCGGACAGUGAUGAAAUUUCUGUUAAUGAUGAUCAAAAUUCAUUAAAUAAUCAUCAAAAUUUAUUAAAUGAUAUUGAUAGUGAAAAUUUAUUAAAUAAUCAAGCUUGUAUUGAUCAAAAUUUAGACCAAGAUCAAAAUUUUAAAAAUCAAAAUUUGGUUCAAAAUUUGGACCAAAAUUUACAAACUCAAAAUUUGGAUCAAAAUUUGGUUCAAAAUUUAGAAGCUCAAAAUUUGGAUCAAAAUUUACAAACUCAAAAUUUGGACCAAAAUUUAGAAACUCAAAAUUUGAUCAUCAAAAAAUCAUCAAAAUACAAAUGUAAAUUCUGUCCAAAGCAAUUUACUUAUGAAAAAUCUUAUCAAACCCACGCAAAAUCUCACAAAGAUCCAAACCACCAAGCAAAUUCCGACGAAGAAGAUCAAGACCCAGAAGAUGACCUCCCAGAAGGUCUCCAAUGUUUACAAUGCGGAAAGUUAUUUGCAACUAAACGCAAUUUAAAGCGGCAUAUUUCAACGCACACUGGAGUGAAAUUCAACUGCGAGACUUGCAGCAAGGAAUUCUCCAGGUUGGACAAAUUAAAAGAGCACGAGUACGCUAAGCACUCUGCAGACUUCACGGACAGCGAUGAAGACAAGCCGGAGAAAGAGAGCAAGGAGUUAAAAAAAAACAGACCGCACAAGUGCUCUUUGUGUCCUAAAGCCUUUGCCCAGCAGCAAUCGCUGAACAAUCAUUUGGAAAGGCAUAAGAGGGUGAAGGACACCCAGAAGAGGUUCCUCUGUGAUGUCUGCAGCAAGUGCUUUGCUCAGAGUGGCUCUCUGGUGGCUCACAUGAGAACUCAUACUGGGGUCAAGCCUUAUGUCUGCAGCGUCUGCUCUAGGGCUUUUACUAAAAGCACUUAUCUCCAGCUGCAUCUCAGGACUCACAGUGGGGAGAAGCCUUAUAUUUGUCAGUACUGCAGCAGGGCCUUUGCUAGGGCUAAUACUCUUGCUAGGCAUAUUACUAUGCACACUGGGGAGGCUAAGUAUCAUUGCCAGAUUUGUAGGAAGAGCUUCAGGAGGCUGACUUCUUUGAAUGAACACACUUAUACUCAUACUGGGCAGAGGCCUUAUGCUUGCAAAAUUUGUACGAAAAGGUAUAAUAAUGCCGGGAGUCUUUAUGCGCAUACUAAAAAGUGCAAGGCACAAAAUGGCGCGAAAGAGGUUGGUAAGGAGACGCUACCGCUAGAGGGCAAGGCGGUGGAUCCUCUUGCGCUUGAUGAAAGUUUUACCGGGGAUAAUAAAGAGUUUAAAGCUGGGUUUUUUAAUAUUUAUCCUAGUAUGUAAAUUUAUACAUGAUUUUUUGGGAAUUUUAUGACUAA